UGUGAGCGUCAAGAUGGCGAUGGAGAUUCGGCUUCCUGUGGCCCGCCAGCGGCUACCUGAGAGCUUGGACAGGGACACGCAAAAGCACUUGGUGGUUCCCGGGGACACGAUUACCACAGAUACCGGCUUCAUGCGGGGCCAUGGUACCUAUAUGGGAGAUGAGAAGCUUAUAGCAUCUGUGGCAGGCUCUGUGGAGAGAGUAAACAAGCUGAUUUGUGUGAAAGCUUUGAAAACAAGGUAUAAUGGUGAAGUGGGAGACAUUGUGGUGGGGAGAAUCACAGAGGUUCAGCAGAAGCGGUGGAAGGUAGAGACCAAUUCUAGGCUGGAUUCAGUCUUGCUUCUCUCAUCCAUGAAUCUUCCUGGAGGAGAGCUGAGAAGAAGAUCUGCAGAAGAUGAACUUGCAAUGAGGGACUUCUUACGGGAAGGGGACCUUAUCAGUGCUGAAGUCCAGGCUGUAUUUUCUGAUGGUGCUGUGUCUCUACAUACCCGGAGUCUAAAGUAUGGAAAACUUGGGCAGGGAGUUCUUGUCCAGGUUUCCCCUUCUCUGGUGAAACGACAGAAGACCCAUUUCCAUGACUUGCCUUGUGGUGCCUCUGUGAUUUUGGGCAAUAAUGGCUUCAUCUGGAUCUACCCAACUCCUGAGCAGAGAGAAGAAGAAGUAGGGGGUUUUAUUGCCAAUCUAGAGCCAGUACCACUCUCUGAUCGGGAGGUGAUUUCUCGACUCCGAAAUUGUAUUGUUGCCCUGGUGGCUCAGAAGAUGAUGUUAUUUGACACUAGCCUUUUGUACUGCUAUGAAGCAUCUCUUUCCCAUCAGAUCAAGGACAUUUUAAAACCAGAGAUAAUGGAAGAAAUUGUAAUGGAAACUCGACAGAGACUUUUGGAACAGGAGGGAUAAGGAAAGGAAUCUGGAGAUCAAGAAUGCUAUAUGUUUUUGGCUGAUGCAGUUCUUGGGUAGAGCUUAGUUCUGUGUCUGGUUCUUAGUUGGAACAUGGCAGUUUUUUAGAUAGAAAUUUUGAUCAAUAAAUGCAAAGAAUACACUGUGAUGGACACCUAGCAUUAAGCUAAAUGAGGAGCCAAGAAAAGAAUCAUUUCAUCAACACUGACAGGCAUCCUUCUCUUACCUAUAGCUAUUCUAUCCUUUUUAUCAGGGUGUUAAGAACAUAAGUGGAAAAUUGUGCCUUUGGACUCUUUAGUUAUAGUUUGAGUCCAAGCACUAGAUGGCAGUUUCAACUGAUUAAAAUUAUGUGAUAUUCCCUGUCAGACUGUGUUUCACUUCUUGGAAUAGUAAAGAGAAUCCUUUGUUUUCCACCCACCAUCAUUCAAACAUAACAAUGUAAAUAAACCCAGUGACCCAUGAAAUUGGCCCUAUAAAAGACAUAGCAACUCUGACCCCAAAUGUUACUUUUCAGGCUUGCUUUUUUAAGCAAAAACAUCACAUUCCACUUGUAUUUUAAUCAGUUUUUUUUAUAUUUAAAUCUAAAUAGUGGCAACUUACCCAAUUGGAAUUUUGCAUUCCAUUUAAUGGACUACUUUAAAAGUAUAGAUUUAACUUUGAUGAACAUUGCCUUACAACUCUGAGAUUGGAUUUUAGAUUCAUCUUUUAAAGAGUGGAAUUCUCUUCAUCAAAUAUCUUAGUUCUGCCCAGAAAGAGAUUAUUUAUAUAGACUCUGCUGGAUACUUGAAUUGCCGUCAUUGAUUUACAGUCACCUUCGAAUGAUGUUAGAAUGAAUUAAUUGAGUGAUAAAGGGGAACAAAAUGAAGCAGAGACAAUAAUUUUGAUACAGCUUUUUGGGGGGACUUAGGAAUUCCUGUGCAGUGUUUUUAAUGUGCUUUUGGUUACGUUGUUGAAAGCUGUUUUUAAAAGUUUUCUAGGGGCAGCUAGAUGGGGCAGUGGAUAGAGCACUGGCCUGGAGUCAGGAAGACCUGAGUUCAAAUCUGCCCUCAGACACUUAAUACUUCCUAUCCCUGUGAUCCUGGACAAGUCACUUAAUACCAAUUGCCUCAGCAAAAAAAAAAAAGAAAGAAAGAAAGAAAGAAAAAGUCUAUAUGUGUACAUUAUGUUUUGUUACACUGGUGGAAAUCCUAGAAUUUGGUUUCUGCUUUUUUGUUGGGGGCUAAUAUGAGUGAAGGGUGGCUGCUGACAGUUUUGUCACAUCACACCCUACCUGAAUAAUUUGAAAGAAAAAUGCAAUAGCCUUUUAUUUGUUCUUUGGGUUACAUUUUCCCACACUGAAUUUGACUAUACAUUGGAUAAAUUUUCUUGGAAGAAUACAUUAGUUUUCCUUAUAUAGUUUCUCAUGAUCUCAAACAUGUCACUCUUGUCCCUAGUUUCUGGCACUCAGUCUGUUUUGAGUGAGUUUUCAUAGUGAAAUGAUUUCUGUAGCUGUGUUUUCAACUUCUACUUAAUAGUUCUCUGUAUUUUUAAAGAAUAAUUUUCUAAGGGGCAGCUAGGUGGCACAGUAGAUAGAACACCAGCCCUGAAGUUAGAAGGACCUGAGUUCAAAUGUGAGCUCAGAUACUUAACUUUUUCUAGCUGUGUGACCCUGGGCAAGUCACUUAACCUAAAUUGCCUCAGGGGGAAAAAAAAGAAUUUUCUAGCUCAUAAUAUGAGAGAAAUGAAAGGAAGCUUGCUUGUGGUCUAACAGGCCUGAUUGAGGGGUUUUGUUUGGGACUAGAUUGUAAGCCCCUUAAGGGCAGGGACCAUGUUAUGUUGCUGUGCAUACAUUGAUAUUCAGUAAAUAUUUGUUGAAAAAAAUUUUUUUGCCAUUAAAACAUGAGAUUUUAUUAGCACAAAGAACUUCUGAUAUGGAAACUCACUUCACAAAACAAAUUCCUUAAAAAUGCAGAUUUGUAAUGUAACAAGUCUUAAGAGGAUUGCUUGAAGUACUAAGAAAUUAAUUAAUUAAUACAAAUAAUAUGUUUUAGAGGCAGACCUUGAAUCCAAGUCUUUCUCAAAUGCCAAAUAAAUUUUAGUUAACUAUUACAUAGAAAUAGCUGGUAACUUUUUUAUUGACAUUUAUUUUUAGAUUAUGUUCAGUACGGAACAUAUCCCUUUCUCCUCCCUUCCCCAGUGAACCAUAACAGAAUUUUUAAAAUGGAAAAAAAAAAAGUACUUUAGCAAAACUAAGAUCAAAUGAGUCUAACAUGAUAUGUAGUGUCCCACACUCAUGGCUUCUGUUUCUGUGAAGAAGCUAGCAAGAUACCUUUCUCAACUCUUAAGUCAAAGCAUUGUUACUAUAAUUACAAGCCAUAUGCUUUAUCCUUUUAUUCUUUCCUUUUACAUUAUAAUGGAAUGUAUUUUUUCUUUGAUCUUGCUUUCUUUACCUACCUCCUGUCUUUACAUGCUCCUCUGAAUUCUUCAUAUUCCUUGUCUCUUGCAAUGCAGCACCCCAGUGGUUAUCAAGCUUUUUUUGUUCACAGCACAGUAUUCUUUGCUUGUGGGUAUCUGUAGCUCACUGAACAUUUAAGUUGGCAGCACAAUGGAAGAUUUGAACAUGCAUAGUUUCCCCUCAAUAAGAGUAGUCAUUUUUGUUGAAUUCUUUGUAAAUUCUUCGAAAGGUCUACUGUGUUUUUAUUGGGUAAAGCAAGUUUUAUUUUGCGAGUACUAUAUUUAUUAUACUGUGCUGUGUAAGUAAAAUACAUAUAUCAGUAAUAACAUGACAUCCAAAAUUUCAUGACCCACUCAGUAAAUAUGAGCCAGUCCCUUUAUUUUGCCAUUCCUAAAUCAGUGGACAGCAUUUUAUUUUUCUACAAUAAAAGUGCUGCUAUGAAUAUUUUGAUGUACAUGACACCUUUCUAACUGAUCUUCUUGGGAUAUAUACAUGCCUAGAAGUGGGAUCUCUAAGUCAAAAGAUAUGAACAUUUUUGUUACUUUUUAAGUAUAAUUCCAAAUUGCUUUCCAGAUGGAUCAGUUCACAGUUCUACCAGCAAUAUAUUACCAUGCCUGUCUUUCCAGAAUGUUUGAGUCUUGAUUAUCCCCAUUUUUAUCUUUACCAAUUUGUGAGGUGUGAGAUAAAACCUCUGAAUUGUUUUGAUUUACAUUCUUCUUAUUGGUGGUUUGGAGAAGUCUUUUGUUUGAUUACUUUAGUUGAAAUUCUUCUUUUGAGAAUUGUAUAUGUCCUUUGGAGGAUGGCAGUAUUUAAUCUAUGUUACUAAAUCACUAUAACCAUAAUUAUUUUACAAUUUAGUUACUGUCUGUGGCCACGAGAGGGGGAUGUUGUUCAGUGAAUCAACUAGAUAAGUAUUUAUUGGGAAAAAUCCACAAAGUUUUUGUUUUUGUUUUUUAAAAAUAUCGACAGUUUUCUAUUUUGGAUUUGACAAUAAACAAAUGUGAAUGUUUCUAUAUGCAAAGAGGAAGAAAAAAAUCUGAAUAUUAUGUAUAGUGUUUUUAAAAAGGUGUACAUUAAAUUUAACAGUAUCAGUACUACUGCCCUUUCUGAACUUUAUUCUGUGUAUCUUUUUUAAAAUAAAUUUUUAUUGAUGUCUUUUGUUUUUUAAAAAAACAGAA